AUGCUUUCAUCUUCAAGUCAUUAUAAUGGGAAAUUACUUUCAUUAAAUAUUGAUUGUAGAGAAAAUGUAUUAUCAGGAAUAAAGAAAGUAGCUGAUGCAGUGAGUGUAACAUUAGGACCAAAAGGAAGAACUGUUAUCAUUGAUCAACCAUAUGGAAAUGCAAGAGUAACUAAAGAUGGAGUUUCUGUUGCAAAGGCUUUAACAUUUAGUGAUAAUACAUUAAAUGUAGGUGGGAAAAUAGCUAAAGAAGUUGCAAGUAAAGUUAAUGAUCGUUCUGGAGAUGGGACAACAACAGCAACAUGUUUAUUAAGAAAAGUAGCAUGUGAAGGAGUUCAAGCUAUUAAUACAGGGUUAUCUGGUACUGAUUUAUUAAAAGGAAUAUCAAUUGCAAAAGAUAUAGUGUUAAAAGAAAUUACAAAACAAUCAAAGCCAACACUAAAAGAAGACAUUAUUUCAGUUGCAAGAGUAUCAGCAAACAAUGAUGAAAAAAUUGGAGAAAUGGUAGGUGAUAUUUUUGGUAAAAUUGGAAGAGAUGGUGCUGUUGAUAUUGAAACAGGGAAAGGAACAAAAGACAUUGUUAAUAUUGUUGAAGGAAUGGUUCUUGACCAAGGAUUUUUAUCUCGUUAUUUUACUACUGAUGAAAAAAAUACUAAAGUAGAUAUAAGAAAUACAGAUGUUAUUGUAUGUGAUUAUAAACUAAGCUCAUCACAAAGUGUAGUUCCUUUAUUAGAAUUAUGUUUAAAAAGAAAAAGACCAUUAGUUGUUAUUUCAGACACUAUAGAUGGUGAUGCAUUAACAACAUUAGUAUUAAAUAAAUUAAGAGGAUUACCAAUUGCUGCAGUAAGAGCUCCAGGUUUUGGAGAAACUAGAAAAGGAAUUCUUCAUGACAUUGGUAUUAUUACAGGAGCUACUGUUAUCUCAAAUGAAGCAGGAAAAAAGAUUGAAGAAGUAACAGAAAAAGAUUUAGGAAAAAUUGGACAUUUUGUAUCUACUAAAGAUGAAACAAUUAUUACAGGGGGAGCAGGAAGUAAAGCAGAAGUACUAGCACGAAUUAAUGAAUUAAAGAAUGCUAAAGAAGUUAGUGACUCAAGUUAUGAAAAAGAAAAAUUAGAAGGUAGAAUUGCUAGACUUACAGGAGGAGUUGCUGUUAUUUCAGUUGGAGGAUCAUCUGAAGCUGAAGUAGGUGAAAGAAAAGAUAGAAUUGAAGAUGCAGUUUGUGCUGUUAAGGCAGCACUUGCAGAAGGAAUUGUUCCAGGAGGAGGAGUUGCAUUAAUAAGAGCAGGAAGUUCACUUGAUAAAAUACGUAGUCAAAAUUGGGCAGAAAAAGUAGGAAUUGAUAUUGUAAGGAAAGUUACAGAAGAACCAACACGAAUAAUUGCAAGAAAUGCAGGAAUUGAUGGAGGAAUAGUUAUUCAAAAAAUUAAAGAAGGAACAGGAUCAUUUGGAUAUGAUGUACGUAAGAAUGUAUAUUGUGAUUUAAUGAAAGUAGGAAUAGUUGAUCCAACUAAAGUUGUUAGAAAUGCAUUUAAUGAAGCCAUUUCUGUUGGAUCAUUAAUUGCAACGUCAGAAGCAUUAAUAACUGAUGAACCAAUAAAAAAGGAAAUUAAUUAA